AUGCCGAUUCCUCGGGGGAUUCGCGCCUUCCUGACUCCAGUUUUAAUUCCGUGUCUCUUCUGGGCUGGGUUGUCUUCAAAGCUCAACGUCUACCAUGCCGUAUACCAAGGACAACGGUAUGGGAACGUGUCUCUGGAGUUGAAGGUGGAGAACUUCGAGGAAUGUCACUUGAAAUGCGUGAUGAUAAAACAGUCCCAGGCUUGCUACGCUUUNUGGAGGAGAGCGGCUGCUCCCGGCAGCGUAGAUAUGGGUGAUGUUCGUGAAGCUGCAAGUGGAGACUUCCUGAGGAAGAACCGGAGUAGAAGCAUGCCGAUUCCUCGGGGGAUUCGCGCCUUCCUGACUCCAGUUUUAAUUCCGUGUCUCUUCUGGGCUGGGUUGUCUUCAAAGCUCAACGUCUACCAUGCCGUAUACCAAGGACAACGGUAUGGGAACGUGUCUCUGGAGUUGAAGGUGGAGAACUUCGAGGAAUGUCACUUGAAAUGCGUGAUGAUAAAACAGUCCCAGGCUUGCUACGCUUUCAACUACAAUGAGAAGGAUGGAUCCUGCCAGCUGAUUGACAACGGAAAGAGCCAUCUCGUUCCCUCAAAUGAGUAUCAGGCUUACGUUCAAUUUCUUUGCUUGACGGACUACCCGAGGAUCGAGAACGCAGAAGAAUCCUUCGACGGUUGGACGGGUAAGCACCCGGCCCCACGUGGUGGAGUGGUGAACUUCUCGUGCAAGCACCCGCGGGGGUUCAGGGAUGGGCGGAAGGAGCACCAGGCCACCUGCUCGUCCUAUGUAGCUGAUGCCUGGUGCGCGACGUUCAUCGAAAAGGAAAAGGAUCUCUGUCCUCCGCCGCAAUCCUGCGUGACUGAGUACCCCAGCAUAGAAAACGCCACCGUGACAUACAACAGAUGGGACGGGAAAUACCCAGCACCACCUGGUUCCCGCGUCAUCUAUGCCUGCCCUAAAUGCUCAUGGUUCGAUGACGGGUCGGACAUCCACAAUGCCACCUGUUCCUUUCGUAUCGAAGACGCCUGGGACAGCUCCUUUCACGACCGGCAUGUUCGAUGCCAAGUGGAUCCCGAAUGCCGACUGACGUACAGCGGGAUAGAGUACAAGGGGACGGUGAACGUGACAAAGACAGGGAAACGAUGCCUAACUUGGAAUUCCGCUGAGGUGAAGACGUACAUAGAAAUGGACAGACAGAGAUAUGAUAACAUUUGGGAUAUACCCACCGAAAUGAACUUUUGUCGGAAUCCGGAUUUCUACGAGAUGCCCUGGUGUUACGUCGGUGACAACGGCUUGAGGGAGCUUUGUCGGAUCCCCCUUUGUGACGAUCGAAAACAUUCAUUCACUAGUAGCCUCAUGGCCGACCACAACUACUGUGGGAACCCCGGAUCAAAUUCUCAAGGUCCAUGGUGCUUCAUCGAAUGGAGCAAUAUGUUGGGGAAGGAUAAUCUUUCUGUGAUUCCGGAGUCAUGCUUUUUGCCGGGAACUGACUGGGACAGUGUCAUGAAUAGAGAGUACAUCAGCGAAUUCAUUUCAAAGCAGGACCUCAAUUAUUGCCGCAAUCCAACGUCGGCGGAGCAGCCAUGGUGCUUUGUUGAUUCAACACCUUCAGUAGAAUUCGAUUAUUGGGAUUUUUGCGACAUCCCAUUCUGCCCCGGCCGCAAAGAACCCGUGGAAUGCAGAUUGACUGAAGAGGGAUGGGAGUAUGCAGGAUUCAAGAACGUGGAUGCAAGUGGCAGGAAGUGUAAGCCCUGGUUGACGUCCAACGCCAAGCGAUUUCAACUCCUCAACUUCCUCGCAUUCCCUGACGAAAGCAUGGACUAUAGCUUCAACUACUGUCGCAAUCCUGACCCUAGCAAUGGAAGUCUCUGGUGCUUCACUGAAGAAGAAGAAACUUUGAAAGGACGGAGUCGGUGCAAUGUCUCAUUCUGCUACGAAGUGUAUGAGCGUUCCGCUCUGGAAGGUAAACCGGCGCAAGGAUACCCGGAAUGUUUGCAGACCAAUAUGGGAAAGGAAUACGUGGGGACGACGAGGAAGACGAUAUCUGGGAAGCCCUGCCUCCGAUGGGACACUCAGCCCUAUGGAAAGCUUGAGGAUUUCGACCCGAAAUUAUCCUACGAUGAUCAUUUCCGAUUUGGCGAUGCCUCAUCGCAUCAAGACUUCUGCAGGAACCCGACAUUGAAGAAUCAACCCUGGUGCUUCGUCGCCGAUCCAGACAUGAAAUGGGAAUUCUGCAAUAUCCUCCUCUGCCCAAACUACCCCGACAAGACGGAAUGCAAAUGGACCCACAAGGGAGAGGAAUACGCAGGGACUCUCAACGUGACGGUGUCCGGGCGUCCGUGUCUGCCUUGGAGCGACUCCGGAUUACUGGAACAAUUUUGGCCGAGGUUCCCAGAAGACGUGGGGAGCGAGGAUCACAACUUUUGUCGCAAUCCAACAGGGAGAAAAGACCUGGCCUAUUGCUUUGUUGGUUUCAACGAAACCGAAAAGACCUUCGAAGCCUGUGACAUUCCUUUCUGCCCCUUCCACUUCCUCCACUAA